AUGAGUCAUUAUCACUUACCAGAAACUAUCGCCUUUCUCUCUGCAAUUCCACCCUAUCCUCAACACACGCCGCUACCCCGUCUCCUCCAAUUGAAACAGAUUAUGCACGAUGAAGUGAGCGAAACGGAGAAUAUACGGAAGAACCUGUCGAUUGAACGUAUGAUUGUGGAUGGAUGUGAACUACUUCUGGAUGUGAAUCAAGUUUUCGUUAGACAAGGCACACUGAUUCAGGUCAUUUGUGACAAACCGCGUUCAUCGAGAUCCCGAUUGGGCACCUUCGGCGGUUCUGCCCGGGAACGUAAAGAAGCGAUUAGACAGGUGUUCUUAUUCACAAAUCAUUUGCUGAUCACCGCAAGAACUAACAACGGCCGACUACGACUGGUGAAGAAUUACGGGAAAAUAUCGUUGGUUGAAUGUACGCUCGUUGAAGAUACCACCGCCGAGUUGUUCAGCAACGAUGACGAUGGUUACAACAAUUUGGACACAGAGCGGAAAACAGUUGAGCAUACCUGUAUUAGUGGUGGAUCAAGAACGGCCGUGUGCACUCCAUCUGCUCCUCUUCCUUCUCUUCCUCUUCCACCGCCUAUCGGGGGAAAUUCCGGUCUCACCUAUUCGCAACAACCAUCGCAGCACUCGCUUACUUCUAUCUUGGCCGGCUCGACACGAGGACUAAGUGGCUUGAGCAACACCGAUAUUCCUGGCCCAUCAAUCGCCACGAGCACGAACGUGACCAGCACCAUCUCGCGAUUACCCAAUCGAUCUGACUCAGGUCCUCCAAUAGCUUUUGGGGGUCGUCGUCUUGGGUCAAGUGAGUCGGGACAACGUCCAGCAAGUGGCUCGAUCCUGACGUCAUACACCAGUGCCUUUCCCGGAACCUUAAACAAUUCCCUGCCCAGUGGGGAUCCUGUGCAUCGACACUCAACGUCUUUGUGUUUGGCUUCCGUUGAGGCCGAACCAUCUACAAUCGGGACGCGUGGUGCUGGACCACAGCAAGCAAACGAAUCGGGAAUCGGUUUGAGUACCAUCAGUACCACCGCCAAUACUACUACAACAACUGGUGCAACGGUAGUCGGAGCAAACACCACAAACCAGACAAAUCCCGCUCCCACAUCUGUUCCCUUAAUCCACCGAUUUAGCAGUAAUUUUGCGAUGCUCAGCUCAAUCGGGACCGCAGCACUGACUCAGUCAUCAAACAAUAACGCCACUGGGAUUCAUUCAACUUGUGUUGGGACACCGGGCACCAAUAUGGAUAAGGCUGACUAUGGAAAUCUAGAUUUUCGAAUUGUUUGGGAACCAAAAAACGGACAACCAACUAGUAUUUGGUUGGUAGCAUCCACUCUUCAAGAGAAAGCAGCCUGGUGUUCGGAUAUCAGCCAAUGCAUCGAACAACUGCACUACGGUGAUCUGUUGAAUUCUGCUCAGUCAGAUGUGUCCUCCGUUGCAAUGCCCCAAUCUAUCAGAUCUGAUCCGCGACUCUUCAAAGACGAUGUGGAUAUCAAGUUUAGUCAUACUCUGAACUCGUGCAAAGUACCUCAGAUCCGGCAUGCUUCCGUGGGACGUCUACUCGACCGACUUACAGAUGCUCGUUUUCUAUCGAUAGACUUUUUAAAUACAUUCCUGUUGACCUAUCGUGUAUUCACCACUGGGCUGACGGUGAUUUGUGCACUACAAAAUGUCCUAGCAAAUCCUGAAACGGAGGGGGCGGCGAGUUCAGUUCUCCAACAGCAGCAGCAGCAACAGCAACAACAACAGCAUCAACAUCAACAACAUCCAAAUGUGCAGCAUAACAAUUCAAGUCAUCUGAGCGGCCAUGGUGAUGUCUCUGGUGGACGAGAUCAAGGCUAUAGUCGAGUUUCGGAAUCCAUCGGCUUUGUAAGGCUGCCAAUUUUGGAAGAACAACUGACUAGAGUGGAAGAUGGUCAGUCGAGGAGCGAAGAGCUUGUGUCCGAAGGCGAAGAUUGCAUUCCAAGUGACCAGUCCGAGUGUGUCACGGCAAAUGCUAUCGUCACCACCGCCGCCGUCGCAACCAUCACCACCACUUCUACCACCAUCGCCACCAUCGCUACCAGCACUGCAACCAAUACCAACAUAGCAACAGCUGCUACUGUUGGCACCUCAUUAUCCACCGCGAUCACCACAACUACCAUUGACACAACCGCUAAAACAACAACUACCUCAGACGAAACAACAUCAAUAAAAACAACAAUGUUAUCUGGAAACCAAGAUCAGUCUAUUAAACGCCGCCCAGAGCGACUGCAAACUACCCGGCCACUUUCUAUAUCAGUAGCUCCGAAUAACCUAUCCUCUCCAAGUUUUCUUAAACCCACUUCCACCGGUGACAAUUCGCGUAUGUUCCGCUCGGAAAUCACCUACGAACGGGGUACCGACACAGAGAUAACUACAAGACACUCGGUGAGUAGCACGCAAUUCAUAUGCAAAUCCACAGAUCCCAAUUCGACCGAAAGAUCGUACUCUCUAAUUGUCACUGGCAGUGCAUCCACAACACCGCCUAUGAUAAACACCGGCGCCUCUGGUGUUGCUGCUGCCGCUUCGGUCGCAGCUUUGGUUCCGCAUCCAGUACCAGCAUCAGCACCACCACCACCACCGCUGAUUCCACGCUCACCGGUAUACAGUGGUCUUUUCAAUAUGAGAGAAGAUCCACCUCUGGAAUUACCCAUUCUACCAGAAGUUAGAAAGACGGAAAGAUCCGGUCAAACGAAAGAACGACCCAGGUCCGCUGUCGAAAACGAACCGGACGGAGAGCGGAAUCUUGCUGGGACACAUUGUCGUCUAGCUCCUUUGGCUUCAUGCGAGGUGAUUGCGGACGAGACAGAACAAUGUGUGCUACUGGUUGAUAAAGAUGAGAACUUGGAAGAGAACAAGUGUGUUAAAAAGGAAACAAAAACGGACAAAUCGAUGGAUGUUUCGACCUCCGACACGAAAAAAGAGGGUGACUCGUGUGCCAAACAAAUCGAUGCAGGAUCAGAAACCAAAGAGAUGGACAAAGAGAGUAUCGGGGAAGGCAGCAGUGCUUUUGAGACGAAAGUCGAUGACGAGGAGGAGGUUCUGGAAGAGAUUGAAAAACCGGAAACACCAUUGAAUCAAAGCUGGACCGUGCUGAGUAGCGCCAACGUGCCCGAAAUAGGUCUCAAUUUUGAAGGGCCUAAUGAGUCACAUGGGACACUGUUUGAGAAUGGCGUUCAGGAAAGAGAAUGUUUGGCCGUGGAAGGGAAGCUGAAAUCCGACUCACUGCCAACAUCUCGUCCCGCUUCAGCCCAUUCAUCCAUCACAGAAAGUUUGGAUUUGGCCACAAGACGUACUCGACGCGCAAAGGAUGCUUCGCACAAAUGGGCAUGUGAAACGUUGGCCAAAACAGCCAUGUUAGCCGCUUUGCAUUGCCCCGGUGGUUUAGUACGUCUUCGACCCACAGAUGACAGUACUGAUGAAGUGGGACGAUAUGCUAAAUUGGGCUUACGCUCCUCUCCUUCGAGUCCAGUGAAGCAGCAGCAGCAGCAUCAAAAACAACAAUCACAACAACCAAAUGGGACCACUCGUAAUAAGGUUACGAAAACUAAUCUGUCUCUUCAGCUCUCCCCGAAAGAAUGCCCUAGUCCGGCGCGGUCUCCAAACAAGUUUACUGCAGCCCGUGGAUUUUUCUCCCGUGGAUCCACCAACCACCGAUCGUCCUCUGAUCGACAUUCAGAUACGGAGCAACGAAAAUCGAGCACCAUGUCUGAUCGUGGCACUGAACUUACCAAUUCGUUGCAUACUCAAACAAACUCGUACGGGAAUGGAGCUUGCACGAGCGACGAGGUGCAAAAAAGACCCAAGUCUGCAACUGUACGCUCCACGCUACUGAUCGAGACGAAAUCACCUGGGGAGAAGCCCACACGUCAUUCCAAUGCGGACGAUCAUGUGUCGGAAAAGAACAUUCAAGAUCGUCUUAUGGGCACAGUGAAAUUGAUGGCAUGCACAUUCGGAGGAACUGAGGAAUUGCAGCGUGCUCGACAGGCAAGCGAUCGAUUAGCUAACGAACCUACCGUUGUCGAACGAACCGGUUCACUCACACCCCGAAGUAGUUUUGCUCAACUCCAAAGUGGCGGUGGGCCGGAUUACGCGCGAGGUUCCGUGGUCUCAUGGUCUGGAGUGUCUGAGACACCGAAACCAAAGCGCCCUUCCGUAUUCUCCUGCCCUGACACCGAGGUCAUGUCUCCUCGCCCGGGGAUCGUACCACCUAUAUUUGGUGACAAUUCGACGCCGAUGAGAACCCGAGCAGGUGCUGUGGUUACAUCAUCCCGUCGGUCCAAACGAAGAUCUAGUAACACAGCAGCGGCACAAGCUUUCGCUGUGGCUACUGCAGGCAGUGCUAGUCCACUGGCUGCCGCUGGUAUAAUGGGUCUUGGACCGGGAAUUUACCGAUCCGGGUUUCGCUUCACCGCCGGAACGGCAUCUUCAUCUGUUACAAAUGUAUGCUUGAAAUCAGCUUCAGCCGGGGGUGGAUCUUCAACAUGGAACACGUCCGGGAACAUGCAGUCCAACGUUGCUAGUGGUACAACCGGAGGGGUAUUUGCACUGCGUUAUUGUGCUACCCGAAACAGUCCUGGUUCGGCCACAAACGGAGCACAGUCUUCCUCCGCUACGUCAGCUGGAUCAACGGUAGCAGCUACCGUGACGGCCGCCGGAGCAUCACCGGCAGCCGUACCUCCCUCUGCAUCCUCAUUAGUUACCACGUCAGGUCAGUUGACAUCCGCCAAAGUGACCACGUGCACUCCCAUUCACUGGAGUCAACCUUUACCAAGUCGCGUAGACCAACAAAAUCGGCGCUCCACCAUAAUGGCUACUGCUUCUUGCCUCCGAGUACUGAACGUCGUCCGGCACUGGAUUACUAAAUUUCCCGAAGACUUUGAUAGUGAUCCUAUUCUUAAAGACGAGAUGAAAACCCUGUUGGAAUUGCUCGUCUGCUGUCCUCAUCUGCUCCUGAAUGAUCAGAAAGCUGCUGGUCAAUUGUUACGUCAAAUGGUUUGUGAUCAGCUUGUGCAGAAUCGAAUAGAUUUGGACGCCAUCCUGACCCCGGUACAGAUCCCUUCCGAGAAAAAUUUCGACACCCUUUCCGCGCUGGAUAUAUCCGAACAGCUGACAUUCCUUGACUUCCAAAUUUUUCGAUCCAUUAGAAGCGAAGAACUACUGAACCAAUCUUGGAUGAAGCCGGAUAAGGAGGACAAGGCGAAACAUGUGCUGCUCGUAUGUAAACGCUUCAAUGAGGUCAGUCGUUUGGUGGUGUCCGAGAUCAUUUCUCGAACAGAUUUGAAUGAUCGUGUCAACUGUAUCGACAAGUGGGUCGCCAUUGCGGAUAUAUGCAGGUGCAUGCAAAACUAUAACGGAGUCUUGCAAAUUUGCGCGGCUCUGGUGAAUAGUUCAGUCUAUCGACUUCGUCGGACGUGGGAACGAGUGAGCAAACAAACGAAACAGUCCAUCGAUCGGUUGCAAAUGUUGGUUGCUUCUGAUGGACGGUUCAAGUCGAUGCGCGAGGCUUUGCACCGGUGA